CCAGGCGGCGCCCCGGCCGCACAGAAGGGGAGAGCCCCCCCUCCGCCGCCACAUGGCGAGCUCCGGCGCACCCGCGGCGCUGGUGCCGGGCCUGCCCCCGCUGGGCGUGGCACCUCGCGCCAGAGGCGGGCGCGCGCACUCGGCCCGCUCGAGGAUGGACCGCUCCGUGAGGGACACCCCGCUGAAGGAGAAGAUCUCGGGCUGCAACCCCUUGUACGCCGGCGGUACGCACCGGUCCCCGCAGUGCAGCAGCGCCAGCCGCACACCAGGCCCUGGCGCUUACCGCACAUCGUCGCUGUUCCAGUCCGACCGGGACCAGGUGUCCCUCCAGCGCGUGAGGAGGCGGCCCCCGGCUUGGCGGCUCAACUCGCGCAGCAAGAGGCCCCCACAGGUGGACGGCAUCAAGGACGCCUACAAAAUCGUCUCGCCUUUCAUGACGCACUUCAUGGGCGCGCAGGGCGGUACGUUCACGUGCGGCGCCGACAGGCCGCCCGCCUCCGCCGGCGCGGGCGGCUCGCCGCCCGCGUCCUCCAGGUCGGCCUGCUGAGGGCUCGCAGGGCUCUUCCUCAGUCGGCGGCGACGUGAAGGGGCGGGCCCUCUCUCAGAAGGCUCGGAAGCCCGCCGGCCUCUGAGAAGUGUUCGACGCCUCUUCCGAGGACGCGGGCACCUCUCAGAAGGCGCGAGCGCCGCGUGAGGACUCCCGCCGCCUGCUAAGAAGGCCUCGCUCUUCCCACUCCUCGGCGACGGAUCGCGGGCGAAGCACCCAGUCGUCUAGCGUAGCGAAGAGUUCGCGGCGGAGGCUCUUCACAGUCUUCGGCCUCUCGGGGCCCUGGCCGGGCCUCGGGAACGUCGGCAGGCAGCUCGGGAU